AUGUCUUCGAAUGAUGAGAACGACGCAGUCAAUGUAGCUAUUUCGAAGGAGCCAUACCCCCUGGAGGAAUCUAUGGCCGCGUCCAGCGAAAAGCCAGUGGUGAUUGGCUUGUAUGGAUUGUCCGGUUGUGGCAAGACGCACUUCAUGAAGCGAGCUGAAUCGUACCUUUCUUCUCAGAACUUCCCGCCUCUUGGCAAGGAAGUCACCUUUAGCUUUUAUGACGGCUCCUCGGUUAUCUCAGAGGUCACCCCCGGUGGACUAGAAGCAUUCGAGCAGCUCUCGGAUAAGGAGAAGGAAAACUUCCGUGGGCGUGCGAUUGAAGAUAUCCGAACGAGAUGUGCUGAGGCGAAGAGCAACACAUGUGGAGUUGUUGCUGGUCAUUAUUUGUUUUGGGAUAAGCAGGAAGAUUCAGAAGGACAACGAGUCUGCACUCAACAGGACUUGGAGACAUACACACACAUAAUUUACCUUGAGGUUCCCCCGACAAUAAUCGAAAAAAGACGCCGGGAGGACGACAAGAGAAACCGGCCAGUUGUAUCUGCCCAACAUUUAGAGAAGUGGCAACGAGCAGAGCAGAUGCAACUUGAACAAGAUUGCCGGGAGAACGGAAUACUGUUCUUUACCUUACGUUAUUCUGAGAACGACCAGAUGUUUCGAAAGGGCGUGGAUUUGCUGAAUGAGUUUGCCAGACAUGAGGAAUCAUUCAAUUUGCAAAUCGCAAAAGUAAGACUCAUCGAGAUAGUUUCAAACUCCGGUCCACAAGUGGAAACCAUGCUAGCUCUCGACGCUGAUAGAACUUUGUCACCAGAUGAUGCCGGCACUAUGUUCUGGGAGAUGUUAUCUGAAACCACGCGUUUGCGACCGGUCAAUAAAACCUGCCCGUUGAAAAGACUGUUUAGUGGUCCUUUGGGCUACUCAUAUGCUGCUUUUCGACAAGCCGCUUUGAUGUACGAAGAGUACACAAGUGAGGAGGAUUUCGACGAUCUUUGUCGGGCGGUUGCAUCGAAAAUUAGCAUACACCCUGAGUUUCUUACUCUGUUGAGAAUGGUCGUGGGGAACAAUCGCAUUGGCGCGGUGGUCAUCACCUCAGGAAUAUGUCGUGUUUGGGAAUACGUGCUAGAGAACGCAGGUCUGUUGAAUCCUUUGAGAGUAAUCGGCGGGGGACGUGUGCUUGAGAAUUGUGCCAGGGGGCAGGAGCAUCUCAAAGAUUUGGUUGUUACAGCUAAUGUGAAAGCCGAACUGGUGGCUGAUUUGCAAAAAACCCAUGGAUUGAGUGUUUGGGCUUUCGGAGAUAGUCCACUCGAUUUGAAAAUGCUGCAUCAGGCCGAUGAAGCUAUUGUUGUGGUUGGCGAGGAGAAGCACCGGAGCAAGAGCAUGGAUUUCGAGUUGGCCAAGUCAAUAGACAACAACAGCCUUCGAGCCCAACAGGUCUUGUUACCAAGCCAUGCCCUACCACGGCUUGAUAUCAAUAAGCUUCCCUUGGCCCAACUCACACAAGACGGACUCUUCAAAUCCAUACUUGGCCACCCAGCUGUCCGGGUCUUACACGAAACAGAUAGUGGCACAGCCAAACUGCUGAUGACACCCACACGCAAUGCCGCAGUGGCUGGUGUCGCACUGAGAGAAGCCCAUCACCGUAUAGGAAUGUAUCUAGGGAUGAGAUAUCUGAUGAAAAGCGAAGUGGUUGGACAUGAGAAGGUAAUGCCAGCUCUCAAAGGGCGUAAAUUUGAGCUAACCAUGAAAAGUACGGAAUUCCUCACGUCCAAGGUGGGGAGGUGGAAGGAUAUAGACUUUUGAACGAGCAGCAGACGUGUAUCGUCCCGCUCAUGCGGGGUGGAGAGCCCAUGGCUUUUGGUCUCAACGAUUGCUUUCCAUCAGCAAUGCUGGUCCAGUAGAUGAUACCCUUCCCAAUUCGCUUUGGCAUCCCGCUUACUCUUUCUACAGUGCCAAAGAGCCUACCGACCUCAAACCCCAUCACUUGAAGGGACAGCAGACAGUCGUACUUGUUGACUCGGUGGUGAAUACCGGCAAUAGCCUGGUACAGUUUGUAAAGUAUAUCCGCGAUCUGUGUCCCGAAAUGCGCAUCAUCUUUGUUGCGGGUGUUGUCCAGAGACAGGCAAUUUCUUCCAUCAGGAAAGAACUGGGAGCACACCAGAGACUAAGUAUUGCUACGCUCAGAAUCUCUAGGAACAAAUUCACUGGUAAAGGCACUACCGAUACCGGGAACCGACUAUUCAAUACCACCCAUUUGGACUGAAUGUAGACACAUGAGGGUUCAAGGAUUGGAACCUGAAUGACGAGCUUGGGGAAAAUGUAACGAUAGCCUAUGAAAAGACUUGAGCUCAGAAACGGAGGUGCAUCACACAGGAACAGAGUGCUCUUAUGAAGUGUUGAAGACCC